AUGUUCGCCAUUCUGUUUGCCAUCACCCGAAAUUUCAUGAUUGUUCCGUUCUGGUGGAUCAGUUAUCGGUCUCUCAGCACGCCCGGAUUCGUUACCGCAAGACAGGCGAUCCCUUGGUUAGUUGUGGCCUUUGUUAUUCCACCACUGAUUUUGGACUAUCUAAAUUUAUACUGGGCAAUGAAAACGUAUCGAAUCGGUUGGCGUGCGGCAAAAUGCCUUUGGAAUGCGGAUUGGCGUAGUGAUAUUCGCCGAGCGCACGCUCGUCUGCGUAAACGUCUGCGACGCAUUCGUCGUCGAACGUCAUCCGACAGUGCUAGCGCUCAAACAGCUCCGGCGUCAGUGACGACUGCAGUUGCAUCAGGCAUGACCUCGUCAUCAAUGGAUAACCUUCAACGCUUGCCCGACUUACCUGAUUUGUUUAUUCUCGAAUCCUCUUCUUCCUCGUCGAAUUAUUCCAGUGAAACGGAAUAUGAACCGGCCGACUCGGAGCACGAGUUCGGUCCUUUGAAGACCGCUGCGGACAAAUCGUUGGCAGAUGAAUCGCCCCUAAAUCGAACAGUUCCUGAUCAGGAAGAUCAACAUAUAACACAACGUGCAGCGCCUACUUCAUCGGAAUGA